UGAUGUAUACUUAACCCGUCCAUCAACGUAUAUUCCAUUACGGCUCAUAGUAAUCCAUAAUUGCUUUCUUUUAAUAAUCCUCAAUGUUUACCAAGUGGCAACGAAGCAAGCCCAGACCUGCCCGACACAGGUUCGCCUGAAAAUGGACCUCAAUUGCAUUCCGGGCGUCCCUCACCAACAAUCCUAUUUCUUCUAGGCGCCAAUUUUCCUAUGCUAUUAACAAUACACGAUUUUCAUUUCACUCCGCCUCACCCUUAGAAAGACCAUAUACGACCCAUUGUGGAAUCCUCGCGACCUGCAAUGUCGCGAUAUGUGUAAUAAUGGCAAGCCAUUAUUGCCUCUUUGCUUCCAAAUGUGUAGUAUAUGGUCAGUCCAACAAGACCUUAAUCAACGUCAUGGCUUGGGAUAGACAUUACUUUUUCAAUCGGCUCGCAGCUUGGCUUUCUAUUUCACUUUGAUUUUUACAAUUGAAUCUGUUGUGACGAAUUAGGACGAAAUGGAGCGAUCGUACCGAGUAAGUUUCCUUCCAUUUUCCUUGCAGCAUCUACUAAAUGUUAAUUAGAACGCUAUUACACUACUCGAAAGUAGAAAAGAUCGCGUCAAAGUUAGCAGACGUAGUAGAGCCUCUCAGUUGCUGAAGAAAACGGCAUGUGGUAGUAGUGGUGGAGAGGAUUCUUCCAGCGAGAAAACAAAUAACAGGUUGAGUACAUUAGGUGGUAUCCCAAACAAGCAUGGAAAUGACAGUAUGAAUGAGUGGCUUAAUGCUCUUGGGUAUACAGUAAGCAAAAUCCUCCGCCUCAGAAAACACUCUAAUCAUACCCACAGCAUAAAGAGUUCCACGUCAUCCAUAUCACCGGAACAAAAGGCAAAGCAUCCACAUGCAUAUUCGUAAAAUCCUUCCUCUCAUCCUAUGCUUCCAGAACAGGUGUAUUGAAGAAAAUUGGUUUAUACACCAACCCCUAUUCUUCAAACAUCCGAGAGCCAAUCAAGAUCAAUUCCAAACCAAUAUCAGAGGACAAAUUUGCUAGAUAUUUCUUCGAAGUAUGGGAAACUCUUUCUAGCAAGUUUUCCGAGACAAUGAUGCCGCAUUAUAUGCAAUUGAGAUUACUGAUCGCUAUCUAUGCAUUUAUUUGCGAAGAUGUUGAUGUGGUUAUUAUGGAAACUCAUAGCGGAGGAGAAAAUGAUGCUACGAACUUUGUCAAACCUACAGCUGUAGGAAUUUCCCAGAUUCCCUCAGAUUACGUCGAUACAGGUAAUUCUUCUUCAACAGAUCUUGCUUGGCAUGCAGGAGGUAUCAUGAAAACCAAUGCUCCUGCAUUUUCUAUCCCCCAAGAUCCCGAGAUAAGGAAAGUUCUCGAAGAACGUGCAAACGGAAAAGGAGUCGCUUUGAACUUUGUGACCGAAGAUCAUCGUCUUCCAAUCACUGCCCAUGCGCUCAAAACAGACAUCAAGAGAUACGAAUGCUCAUUAGCACUUGCCCUCACAGAUGCAUAUCUCAUCUCCACAUGCGAUGAAAAGUACCCUCCUCUCUCCUCUGUGGACAUUUCCAUUGGUCUCGAUAGAUUUUUCUGGCCCGGCCGUUUCCACAAAUUGGAAGUAGGACUUAACUCCUGGUUUCUGGAUGGUGCGCAUCAUCCUCAAACUGUACCUAAAGCGGCACAAUGGUUUGCGCUGAGUGUAUGUGAAGAAGCUACGCUAUCACCUUUCUCAUAUGCGCUCCGGAGAAUGAAACAGACCAUUGUAAAUUGUCAGGAGUCGGGAAAUCCAAAAGUAGUGGUUUUUGCUCAUCGAACGAGAGGAGAUGGAGAUGGGCAAGAGGUCGUAGAGAGUUUGGUAAAGGCGUUGGAGAAACAUAGAUGUAAGAUUAAACAUGUAAUCUUUACGACUGAUUGGGAUGAUAGUAAGUAUCUUCCUUACCCUUACCCUUUUCUUCCCAUCUCAUCUUCAACCUCACUAAAAACUUACCCACAGCCUCAAAAAUAACAGACUCCGAUAUCUCAGCCAUACGUUCCUACGCUCAAACAUGGCAAAACCUCUCACCUAACUCUAGUAUUCUCCUCGAACCUAAUAAUGCGGCUGCAAUAGACUUAGCCACUAAAAUUGGAUACCAAAAUCAUGCUAUGGAGUGUUUAGUUACGGGUAGUUUGUAUUUGGCCGGAAGUGCAUUGAGAUAUUUGGAUCCGACCGCGGAAAAGGUGUAAGGAAGUUUGAGGAUAUUAUGUUUUUGUUGAGACAUUUUGAGAUUGUUAAUAUGGAAUUUUUAGGAAGAUUGGGAUAUUGUUAUUGUGCUGUUAUUGGGUUUGAAAUAUAUGGAUUUGUGGGGGUUGAGUUGAUGCAUUGGUAAGAGAAUUUGUGAUAUUGAUUGACUAGAUUAAUUUGUCGUUCCGAUAUCCUCAUCGGUUCCUGCAAAUGAAAAGACAAAAAUGAAAAGUAGUUGAACCGUCUAAAUCUAAAAAAAUUAGCAAGUUCAUAUACUAAUAACAGUACAUUUCAUUCAUCUCUUUUCCG